CCUCUUGAAGAGUACCGCCUGUCUAACAAGAUUCCCAAGCUCCCUCUAGAAGAUCAGUCUCCAAAGUAUCUAGUGGUUGCGGAGUAUGACGUAUACAAGAGACUUUCCCAUCUCAAUGCAGCCAAAGCAGGCGGUCCGGACGGUAUUCCUGAUUGGAUACUAAGGGAGUAUGCGGAAUUUCUCGCCUAUCCUGUCUAAAUCAUUCCAAAUGCCUCUUUCAGGGAACAAUAGCUACCGAGACCCUGGAAAUUGGCAGACGUCACUCCUUUACCCAAAACCAAGCCUGUUAAGGAGUUCAAGAAAGAUGUGAGGCCUAUAUCGUUAACACUGAGUAUCUCUAAGGUCGCAGAGGACUCUGUCGUCACAGAGCACGUAAAGCCAGCUGUACUGCGCUCUCUGGACCCAAGCCAGUUUGGUGCGAUACCGAAGUCUUCGACAACUUUUGCCCUGUUGGAGAUGCUCCACGAGUGGUCUCAAGGGACUGAUGGGGACGGUUCGACUAUCAGGACACUCCUGUUUGAUUACAAAAAAGCAUUUGAUCUAA